AGGCGGGACAUGGGGGCCUUGUUGAGGAGUUGGUGAGUUAUGCGGGGAAAAGUCUUCCGGUUUUUGUUCCUUUGGGAAAUGCCGAGGAUGGUGGCACCUAACCGGGAAUGCGGCACAGAUGUCGACGCCCAACAAUCUAGGGCAAUGCCCAUUGUUUAGUGCGGUGCAGACGGGAGUGGAAAAGCAACAUGAAGGGCGUAACGCGGUCUUGAACAACUUGCGGCAAUAUUCCUGGUCGGAAAGGGAUUUCGAGAGAAAUGUGGACUACACGUGGGACAGAUUGCUUACCGUGCUGGAAGACAUAAAAGACACCGGGGCGCAGAUCCCGGAUCCCCCCGUGCAAGUGCCGAAGGACCACAAAGCUGGGGAUGUUGCACCGGAGGUGACGGGGAAGACCGCAGUUUAUUUAGCUGCCAAAAGUCUCCAACCCGUUCUUCUCGGCGACCUCGCGCACCUCGGAUGUGCUGUCGACCACGCCUCCAGUUCCAUCCCGACAGCCCUGUUGGAAGCAUUUUCGCCAGACCCGGCCAGCAGUCAAGACCCAUCUACAGCUGGGAUUUCAGAUCACCACAAGGUGACGUUCGAUCCUGCCGCCCAGAGAUGGAGGGAGACUCUUUCCAUCCUGCUGGAAUAUGAAGCCAACCCCGCUAUCGUGUGCGAGAAGGAGAAGACGACGGCGCUGCUGGAGCUCGCAAAAAGACCCCUGGACUGCUUGACCCAAACGCCCGUUGUGGAAGAUGCAUCUGCAGCGCCCGUCGUCCGCCCACUGACGGUUCUAGAUUUCAUUAUGCGAUGCAGUGGCGACGGCAUCAACUACGCGCGGAAAGAAGACGGCAUGACGGCUCUCAUGCACUUUGUUCUCGCCAAAAACGGGGCGGCGGUCAAGGCGCUCGUUGACCGUGGGGCUGACGUGAAUGCCGAGAAUCUCGCGGGCGAGACGGUGCUGGGCAUGGCGGCCAAGUCCGGUGCUGUCUCCGUCCUCACGCCUCUCGUCGAAUCCGGAAGGGUGAACCUUUCUCAUCAGGAUAAGAAUGGGGACACCGCGUUAAUGCAUACGGUGCGUUUAAGGGAGCCGUCGGCGGCGCUAUGUCUACUGGAUGCGUGUGCCGAUAAAGCGGAUCUGGCGGUUGCUGCGACGAAUAAGGAGGGUUGGACGGCUUUGCACCUUGCUUGCCGAGCUGGAGUCGUGCGUGUCGUGGAGGCGCUGCUGGAAGCCGGCGGCGACCGGAAUGCCGUAGGGCCAAACGGAACUUUCGCGCUGAUUGAAGCCGUCAAAGGCGACCAUCUCUCCUGUGUGGUGUUACUGCUCGACGGGGACAGACCUGCGAAGGCGGACGUCUCGGAUGACUUGGGGACCUGGGCAUUGCAUUAUGCGGUGCAGGCGAAGAGCUGGAAGAUGGUCAAAAUGCUACUGGACGCCGGUGCAUCGGUCACGCGGGUCAACAAGAACCUCCAAACACCCCUCCAUCUCGCCAUCCAGCAAUCCAAAUCCGCGAUCAACACCUCCUUGAAGAUCGAGCGGUUGCUCAUCGAGAAAGGCGCCUCCACGAACGCGCAAGAUUGCCAGGGCCGCACACCGUUGCAUAUUGCGUUUGUAGACGUCGACCGCAUCCCGUUCAUGCAAUACACGAGGGAUCAGAAGAAGAAGCAUGAUGCGUAUCGCGCAGCGCAAGCCGCGAGGCAGGAGGACACAGAGCGGAGAAAGCAGAUCGUGAAACAGUAUGCGUUUGGUGAUGUGGAAGCUGAUAUGUGGAUCGCCGCACCCGCGCUGGAAGUCUAUCGGUUGGAGAAGCUGAAGGAGAAAUCGCAAGGCGAUGCAAUGGAUGCUGACGAUCGAGACCCUGGGAAGGAAUGGUAUACAGGGGUUUGGGAAGGUGACCAGACGUCGGCGGCCAAUAAAAGCGAUCCGAUUGAGAUCGUCAGUUACUUGCUUGGUGUCGAGGGCAUCAAGCUGGACACGGUCGAUAAAUUCGGCAGGACUCCUUUACACUACGCAGCUAGCGUCGGUGCCUUUACUAGCUCAUCCUACCUCCUCGAACGUGGCGCGUUGCUAGAUUCGGAGGAUCUGGACACGAAUACACCUCUUCAAAUUGCGCUCUUGUACGAACACAUCGAUUAUGCGGUCAUGCUCGCCAAUAAGGAUGCCCAAGUUUUGCGCCAUAUGACUAUUCCGAACCGUUCUGGGCAUACUGCGGACAAGGGAACGCUGUCGACGUUCAAAUAUUCCUUGCGCAAGGGCUACAUGGCCCUUGCGUAUCUCAUCAUGGCCAAAGGCCAAGAUUUGCUACAGGCUGUCCAUGAUGCCGUGAGUACCGGCAGGUACCAUAUCGCAGUGCUAUUGCUAUCCGAGACGCCAGCAGCCAAAUUGCGUGAAAUGCGCAAUGGGAAGGGCCAGACUGUGUUCCACGUCUGCUUCGAUUUCGCUCCUCUCCAGGCAACUGUCGCUGAUUGGGACGAGUAUGGGCGUGAACUUGUCGACAUGUUCUUGGACAUGAAACUUGAUUGGACUACGAAGGACUUGGAAGGCAGGACUGCCCUCCAUUAUGCGGCCGCAAAUGGACAUACCACUUUGGUGGCCAAGCUGCUGGAAUCAGGGGCUGCUGAUGUGGCUGCCGUGUUAGACACGCAUGGCAGGUCUGCACUUGGCUACGCAUUGGAAAACAGGCACCAGUCAACUGUGGAGUUGCUGUUGAAAGCUUGUACAAGAAUCACCGAGGAUGACAAGAGCACGAAGCCGUCGUUGAUGAAUCUAGCAAUCGGGCUUCGGUCCAAGGACAUCUUGAAGGUAUCUUUACGACGUUCGCGACGAACAUGCACAUCUUUGGAGGGGACCUCUUGCUGAUUUUUAUCAUCUGGAUCUCGAUAGGCCCUCGUUGAUCUAGGUGCUUCCGUCAAUGAUGACGGAGUCGCAAAUAAUCACC